CUUUGUCAGAGCAACAUGUGCAGCCGUGCGAUUACCAACGAUGCCUGGUAAAAGACGUUUGGUCGGAAAUUCAGAAAUCACUGCGCCCUCUCGGACAGCAAGAUGAUUUCUCAAGGAGCAAGAAAUGUGGAGUGAUACAAUGGCGCUUGGCCACGGGUCAAAAAAGUCCAUUUCAUGUGACCAGGGGGCGACACAUGCUUCUCGAAGCAAUGGGGUGGGAACUGUUACACAGGCUGUGGUUCCCCCCACUAGGAAGUCUCAGUCCAGCAAGUGCGUCCUCGCCUUCCUCGUCAUCCUCAUUGUCAUCCUUAUAGUUGCAGCAGCCAUUUUGGCUUGGUAUUUCCUGGAAUACAAGGUUUGGGUGUUAGAGGCUCGCGUCCAGCAGCAGUACACUGCCUACUUAUCCAUCCUCAACAGGAACUUCUCUACUGAUCUGUCCUCUCACAACAGUCCUGCUUUCAAGAAAGAAGCCAAGGGAGUAGAGAACCUGGUAGAGAAUAUAAUGAAAGGGUCGGGUCUUUCUCGAUACUUCAACUGCACCACUGUGUUCGCCUUUGCGGAAGGAAGUGUUGUGGCUCAUUUCUGGAUAGUGCUGUCCAUACCCAGCAGCCAUGCUGGGAGAGUCACGCUGGAGAAGGUCACCAGCAGCCUGGAGGAGGGCCUGAGGGGGUACAACAGGUCGAAGGUGGAAGAGACGGCCAGUUUUGAUGGAUAUCGGUUACACCUUCCUAUGCUAUUCGUCAGUGAAACUGACUCCAAAGUUCUAAACCUUUUGAAAGCCUCUUUUGACUGCUACCGCUAUCAGAAGGUGGUGUCCAGCAGCCCCGUGGUGCUCCGUGGCCCCAACACACAGCAUUCCUCCUGUCUGUGGCACCUCCAGACCACCCCGGGGUCCCAGCUUGAGCUCCGCAUGGAGUGGCUGCUUCCAGAGUGCCGUGACAGGCUGCUGGUGUACAACUCCCUCACCCCAUCUGAUAAUCAUCUCAUCACAUCUGUGUAUGGCUGCAGCAGACAUGAGCGUGUGGUCCGUGUCCUCUCAUCAGGAGAGUGGAUGACAGUGGUUUGGAAACAGGGUCUGUACAAUUACAAAGAAUCCUUUUCUUUGUCUGCACAGGCUUGGAAACCCCAGGACUGUAAUUCCACUAUACAGCUGAAGGCAGUAUCGGGGGUCCAAGGGACACUCAAGACACCUUUCUUUCCAAGCUACUACCCUCCAAACACCAACUGUACCUGGAGCUUUACUAUGCCCAGCACAGGGAUGGGCUUGUGUCUGACAUUUGAGGGCUAUGAGCUGAGCAGAGCCAGCUACAACCAGGCCUGUACCCAGGGACAGUGGAUCAUCCAGAAUCGCAGGCUGUGCGGUACCAGAGGUCUGCAGCCUUACAGCGAACGCCUCUUCCUGCGCUCUAUGACAAUCACUGUUGUCAUGACAUCUGAGGUGUCACUCACAGGGCCGGGCCUUCAGCUGCAAUACAGCAUCUUCAACCUCUCAGAUCCUUGCCCAGGCCAGUUCCUUUGCAGUGUGAAUGGCCUCUGUGUGCCCAUCUGUGAUGGAAUCAAGGACUGUCCCAAUGGACUUGAUGAGAGGAACUGCGUAUGUGUGGGACAAUACAAGUGUCCAGAGGACAGUCAGUGUGUGGACUACUACAAAGUGUGUGACCAACACCCAGACUGCCCUGAAGCUACAGACGAGAUGAACUGUACUGAAGGUGUACAGUGUACAGAUAUGACCUAUGUGUGUGCUGAUGGAACAUGCUUGAAGAAAUCGAAUCCUGAGUGUGACUUUGUGGCUGACUGCCCCGAUGCCUCCGAUGAGAAACAGUGUGAGUGCGGCCUGAGGCAGUUCUCCACCCGCAUCGUUGGGGGUACCAACGCCUCAGAAGGGGAGUGGCCAUGGCAGGCCAGCCUGCAGGUGCAGGGUACCCACAUCUGUGGUGGUGCUUUAAUCGCCAGCCAGUGGGUGGUGUCUGCUGCCCACUGUUUCUAUGACGACCGUCUCUACUCCCCCUCAGUGUGGACAGUCUACCUUGGUAAACUUCUGCUUAACCGUAGCAGCCCCACAGAGGAGGUAGCGCGGGUUCAACGCAUCCAUCUUCACCUCUACUAUGAUGAUGAGUCCCACGACUAUGACUUGGCCCUGCUGAAGCUGGACCGGCCCGCCCCUGCGCUGCUGGCUGGGCAUGCUCGACCUGCUUGCUUGCCCCCACCAACACACCAGCUGGAGCCAGGCCUGCUCUGCUGGGUCACUGGCUGGGGGACUCUCCAGGAGGGAGGCACAGCCAGUAAUGUGCUUCAGAAAGUGGAUGUACGCCUGGUCAGCGAAGAAUCCUGCAUUCGUUCCUACGGCCACGUGGUCACUCCCAGAAUGCUUUGUGCUGGUUAUCGCAGUGGAGGGAAAGACGCAUGUCAGGGAGACUCAGGCGGUCCUUUGGUCUGCCAGGAGCCUUCAGGUCGCUGGUUCCUGGCCGGGGUGGUGAGCUGGGGCAGAGGCUGUGGGCGUCCAGACUACUACGGCGUCUACACUCGCAUCACCAGGCUCACCGACUGGAUAAAGCAAGUCAUCAGCAGCUCCUGAGUCACUGAGGAUCUUUGUCAUCCUUGCACCAAUAUCCUCAGAACACUGAGGCGGGUGCAAGUUAAAAUAUGAUCUAAGAUGUUAAUUUCAUAGAUAAUUCAUAGAUCAGCUCUUAUCCAAACAACACAAUGUUAAAAUGUAAAACAAAAAGCCUUCUCUAAAGUAACAAAACAAUAAAGCUAGUAAUUAUAUACCAAAUUAAGGUGACACCUCUCACAGCUGACUGUACCCAGCAAACUUAGUACAUCAUUUGCUCGCUUAGAGGCUGCCUUAAUUUGAAAGAUAUUAAACUUCACAUGUACUCUUGUGUACUCUGUGUUUGCAUCUCUGAUUGGAAGUGAAUAUGAAAUAUGUACAACAAAACAAGUGCACAGCCAUGCUAAUCACUGUGUGAGUUUAUUUAUGCAUAGAGUGGUGCUUUUAGCCUGAAGCUGAGCACUUCUCAGUCACAGAGUAGGCCAGCCCUAAAGCUAGCAAAAUAAAGCUGUCAUGAAAACAUUUAAUAAGAUCAGAGAUUGAGUAAGCUUUUCUUUCUGCGCAAUCUGACUUCUUUUUGCAGCAGAGGAGGCGCCCCCUGCUGGCCAUUAGAAUGAAUGUAGUGUUAAGGCUGCAUAUUUUGGACCUGGAAGUCAUAGCCUUCUUUCUUACAGUCUUUGAGCACUACAUACCUACUUGCAACACAAUAAAACAUACCACAAAG